AGACCCGAGACUGAACAAAGCAUGGAUUUUAUUUGUGGCAUAUUUGGAUUUUAAAUCUUCAACAAGCUGUCAGGUUAAAGUGCAAUCAUGGCACCCAAAUAUGAGGGCUUGUCCCACUGUAAGCUGGCCCUGGUGUUUGCUGUGCUGAUGGAUCUCCUGGGUGUGACUUCCCUGCUGCUGGGGGUCUUUGCCCCAUUAGAAAUUAAAGGCAGAGACUUUGGGGAUUUGCUGGUGUACACAGGGGCCCUGUUGGUGCUUAUGUCCCUGGCAGGCUGGGUCAUAUGGUACAGUGGCAACAUUGAAGGUCUGACCUCUAAGAAGGAGUUGGGGGGAACCGUUGGUGGAGCUGUGGACCGCCUCGCUCGCUCCCUGAGCCGCCGGAUACGGAUCCCAAGGACUCACAGCAGUCCAACAUAGGAGUGGAGCAUAAGGAAUUCUAGACAGACUUGACUAGACUGUUGUUACACCAAGACCUGUUCUUAACCAGGCAGUAGGCCAAAAUGUCUGAAGCUCAGGACUGUGAUGGCUGUUUGUUGCUCUCCUCUUAAAUAAAUGUGGAGUCAACAAGCCACUCAUUCAUAUGAAAUGAUCAUUGUCACUUUUUAUGAUUUUGUAUGAAAACCUAAGAAAUGUAUAUCUUCUCUGUGUAAGGAGUUUCAUGUGGUCUACUCAGAAUUGUACUUUAUGCACCACAAAAU